AUGGGGUCUGCCACCGUCCUUGCCCUCCUCCUGGCUGUUCUCCCAGGUACGUGUGCCCAGGUGCAGCUGGUGCAGUCUGGGGCAGAGGUGAAAAGGCCUGGGGAGUCUCUGAGGAUCUCCUGUAAGACUUCUGGAUACACCUUUACCAGCUACUGGAUCAGCUGGGUGCGCCAGGCUCCAGGGCAAGGUCUGGAGUGGGUGGGGAGGAUUGAUCCUAGUGAUUCGGAAACGCGCUAUGGCCCGUCCUUCCAAGGCCAUGUCACCCUCUCCGCUGACAACUCUGCCAGCACCGCCUACCUGCAGUGGAGCAGCCUGAAGGCCUCGGACACAGCCGUGUAUUACUGUGCAAGAGACACAGUGAGGGGAAGUCAGCGUGAGCCCGGACACAAACCUCCCUACAGGGACACACGGGGCCACCAGGGGCCUCUGAAACUCCAUUUUGCCAGCGGUAGUGGCAGCAGUGGCAGCAGCAGCAGAGGAGCCGGCGGUAGCGGCAGCAGUGGCAGUGGCAUAAGUGGCGCCGGCCGUAGCAGUGCCAGUGGCAGCAGCGGGGGAAGUGGCACCAGCAGUAGUGGCAGCAGUGGCAGGAGCAGGGUAAGUGGUGGCAGCAGAGCCAGCAGCAGCAGAUCUGGUGGCAGUGGUGCCAUUGGCAGCGGCAUGAAUGGUGGCAGCAACAGCAAUGGGGGAAGCAGCAGUGGCAGGAGCAACACAAUGCG